AUGCGUAAACGAAGAAGAAAAACAACAGCUUUUUCUAUCAACACAAGUGAACUUCUUCGUCUUUAUUUUAAAUUUUCUUCACAUUCUUGCCUUACUUUUUUAUUUUGUUGUUUUUUCUGCCUAAUUGUUUAUUGCUCUUCUGUUCAUGGACGUUCUCCACCUGUUGCUCUAACGGAUGUUCUAAUUCAAACUACUUUAGGAAAAAUUAUUGGGUUUAAACAGAAGUUUGAUGGAAAAUCUGUCCAUACGUUUCUGGGCGUUCCGUAUGCAAAAAGGCCAACUGGUUCAGGUCGAUUUGGGCUUCCUGAAAUGGUCAGUUUAAAAAAAACAUGUUUACUAACAUUUCAACAAAAUUUGAUUAAAGUGAUGAUUUUAUUUCAGAUUGAACCUUGGGAAGGAGAAUUCCGAGCAGAUAAACCAGCUAGAACAUGUUUCUUUUCCAGAGAUACCAUGUUUCCAGAUUUUCCUGGUGCAGAAAUGUGGAAUCCGCCUAACGAUAUUGACGAGGAUUGCCUUGCUAUGAAUAUUUGGGUUCCUGAGCAUCACGAUGGCACUGUUCUUGUGUGGAUUUAUGGAGGUGGAUUUUACUCGGGCUCUCCUUCUCUUGAUUUAUACGAUGGGCGAGUUUUGGCUGUUCAAGAGCUUGUUAUCAAUAUCAAUUAUCGGUUAGGCCCUUUUGGAUUUUUGUAUUUUGGGGAUGAUACAUCAGUUCCUGGCAAUAUGGGACUACAGGACCAACAAAUGGCUUUGAAAUGGAUACAUGAACAUAUUGCCCAUUUUGGUGGCGAUCCUCGGCGUGUUACUCUUUUCGGUGAGAGUGCGGGUAGUGCUUCAGCAAUGGCACAUAUUUAUUCUCUUUUUUCGCGCAUUAUUGCACAAAGUGGGUCAAUCAUUAAUAAUUGGGCUACAAAGCCAAAAGCUUCCAUCCUUCAACUUUCUCUGCAAUUGGCGCAUCAUUUGAAUUGCAGCAAUGGAAAUAACUCUACUAAAGCGAUGCAGAAUAUAGUGGAAUGUAUAAAACGUGUACCAACAGCAAUUAUUCAACGGGCUGGUGAUGCUGUUUCUCAAUCGUUAAGCCUCCCAAUGGAUUUUGCAUUUGUUCCAAUAGAUGAAGAUACGCACUUCUUUCGUGGUAAUGUCUUCGACAAAUUGCGCCGAAAAGAUUUCAAACGUGAUGUUAGCAUUCUUGUGGGGACUGUACGAGAUGAAGGAACUUACUGGUUGCCCUAUUGUUUACAAAAAAACGGGUUUGGCUUUAACCAUACAAUAUCUCCUGAGGAUCAUAUAAACCAGGCAUUGAUAACUGAAGCAGAUUACAGCAAAGCUUUUGAUGCAUUUCUUCCUUAUUUUGGCAAUUCAAAUUUGGUACGUCAUGCACUUAUGCACGCAUAUUCACAUCUGCCUACAGAUAAGCAAGAACAAAUAUGGCGGGAUGGUGUUGCACGUUUUCUGGGUGAUUAUUUCUUCACUUGUGAUAGUAUUGAGUUUGCUGAUAUUGUGUUUGCAAAUCCUUGGCCACAAUGGAUGGGAGCAAUGCAUGGCUACGAAAUUGAAUAUGUGUUCGGAUUGCCUUUGAGAAGCCCUCACCUUUACGAUCCGUCAGAAUUGGAAUUGGAAAUAUCAUUUUCUACAAAAAUUAUGGAGUUUUGGGGACAUUUUGCGCGAACUGGGGAACCUGUAGAAUUUUGGCCAAAAUAUAAUCGGAUAACGAGAAAAUCUUUGAUUCUAAGCGAGGAAAUUGCUACUGGCACGAGUCAUCGUAUUUAUGUAGAUGUGCACGGAAAACUUUGUAGAUUGCUGGAGGAAGCUCAAGCGGUAGCUGGAAUUACUGGAGGUUUAUUUAAGUUUCUUAUAUUUUUCUAUACGUUCUACUUAGAACAGAGGUCCCGUAUUUGCCCCGACGGUCGUUCAACUACAGUUAAUUAUGGACAAGAGAUUUCAAUGGAAGAUGUUAAAGAAGAAAUGCAACUAAAUAGAGGAAUCAGUGGUAUUAAUAGAAUUCCUUCAAUCAAAAUUUAUAUUUCAUUAAUAAUUUUAUCAUUAGCUUUAUUAAGAUCUCCUGAAAUAUCUUUCCUGUAUUCAUCAUUUAUUUUUAAAUAA